AUUGUUUUGACGGCUGCAAAACAUUCUAAAAGAUUAAACAACAAAUGAAAUAUUCCGAUUUUAUGGUGAAAUUCGUUUAUUAUUAUUUUUGUGUAUUAAUCGAUUUUGUUGACAUUUUAAAGACUGAACAUUUCUAUGCAUCAAAGAACUAGUAGCCACUAUUUAAAAUUAAAAGAAGAAUGCUAAGGCAGAGUUUUCAAAUUUGGAAAAAUGGCAAUCACCGAGUUUUACGGGGGCUUUCAUCAUUUUCGAUUGACCAAGAGCAAGUUAAUCGGUUUGGAUCAACCGUUCAAUCGAAUGAGUACAAUAACUGUCGAAACCUACUGGCUGCCCCUUAUCUGGAUAGGAAAUGUGGUCAAAUACGGUGCACCAGCAGCGAUGAUUCAAACUUAUUGAAAAACGAUCUAUCCAAAUACAAGGAUUUGGAAUCAAAAUGGCGGGCUGAUCCAGUGAUCACAAUAAUUGAUACGCCACAAUUUAAAUCGAUUCUUAAAAAGAACGUUCUGGAUUUGGUGGCAUUGUUUCAGAAGUACAACUAUGAAAUUCGAAUUGCCGGCGGUGCGGUGAGAGAUCUACUUAUGAAUAUCACACCAACCGAUAUUGAUUUCGCCACAAACGCAACGCCCAAACAAAUGGUCGAAAUGUUUGUGACGGAAAAUGUUCGAGUUAUUAAAUCGAAUGGUGGAAUUUUCGGAACCAUUACUGUUCGCAUCAAUGACGAGGAAAAUUUUGAAGUCACUACAUUACGGAUUGGUGUUCAUACGGAUGGAAAACAAGUCGACGUUGAAUUCACAACUGAUUGGCUGUUGGAUGCUAGUCGACGUGAUCUAACCAUUAAUUCAAUGUUUCUUGGAUUCGAUGGAAAAGUCUAUGACUACUUCUUUGGCUUUGAUGAUUUGAAAAAUCAACGAAUUGUUUUUGUCGGGGAGCCGACCAAUCGCAUUAAAGCUGAUUAUUUACGUAUUUUGAGAUAUUUCCGAUUCUACGGUAGAGUAUGUGAAAAUCCGAACAAUUUUGAUGCAAAAGCAAUCAAAGCUAUUCGUGAAAAUAUUGAUGGGUUGCAGAUAAUCAGCGGAGAACGCAUUCGAGUCGAAUUGAAAAAAAUAUUACACGGAAACCAUCGUAUCGAAUUAUUGAUUAAGCUAAUUGAAUGUGGAGCCAGUAGAUAUAUGGGUUUUCCAGCUGCCGUUGAUUGUGAUGAUUUACUCCGUUUAAAGCAAACUCUUGAAACAACAUUCGAAGAUGUUGACAUCAAUUGGAUUAUAAUCCUAUCGACUUUAAUCAGUUCGAAAGACGACGCCAUUCAUUUAAAUUCUCGGCUAAAAUUCAAAGCAGGCGAACGAGAUCUAGCCAUUUUUCUUGGAGAAAAUAAAACUGCAACGCGUCACAUUGACGAUAUACUUCACUAUCAAAAGAUGUGUGUGCCACAACAAGGUCAUUCGUUCAAAGUGAGAAAAGAUUUUGUUCUUGCGCUUCUGGUGUACAAUGGCAAGCGUCCAAUCUAUGAUCAAUUAUUAGAUUGGAAGAUUCCCAAGUAUCCGGUGAAUCGAACCAUUCUUGAAAAGCAUGGAUGUAGAGGUCACAGCGCGGAGUUAAUUUUGGAAAGGUUACGUCUCAUUUGGGCUGAUAGUAAUUUUCAAAUAUCUGAGAACGAAUUGUUGCAGCAACAUUUAGCCGAUGUAAAAGAAAAAGUUUUUGCAGAACUGAAAGAGCGGAAACUUCAGAAAAAAGCGUCAAGAUUAAGAGAAAAUAUUACGCCAUAAAAUAAUGUAUUUAAAUUCAAUUGUAUAAAUCAAAAAAAUUUUUUUUUACAUAAAACUUAUGUGUAAAUCUCAA